CGCACAACUUGCUGCCAAUGCCUCGCGUUGCUGGUCUUGUUCUCUCUCUCUCUCUCUCUCUCUGUCAGUCGUUGCUUGACCUUUUUGCACAACUACAUCAUGAUGCUGUCUCGCGCCAUCAAGUUUGCGCCCGCUGCGCGCAGCCUCUCCACCUCCGUCCAGAACAACAUGAAGGUUGCCGUGCUUGGCGGUGCUGGUGGUAUUGGCCAGCCCCUGUCCAUGCUGAUGAAGCUGUCGCACCCGCCCGCCUUUGUGGACGAGGUUGCCGUGUACGAUAUCCAGCACGCCAAGGGUGUCGCGGCUGACCUCAGCCACAUUGACACCGCCGCCAAGGUCACUGGCCACGACGGCGAGGGCGAGCUUGCCGAUGCCCUCAAGGGCUCCAACAUUGUCAUCAUCCCCGCCGGUGUUCCCCGCAAGCCAGGCAUGACCCGCGAUGAUCUCUUCAACACCAACGCCUCCAUCGUCGCCUCCCUCGCCGAGGCCUGCGCCAUCAACUGCCCCGAGGCGUGCAUUGCUGUCAUCUCCAACCCCGUCAACAGCACCGUCGCCAUUGCUGCUGAGGCCCUCAAGAAGCACGGCGUCUACGACCCGCGCCGCCUGUUUGGUGUGACGACGCUGGAUGUUGUGCGUGCGCGCACGUUCAUUGCUGGCAAGAAGGGCUUUGACCCCAAGGACGUCUCUGUUCCCGUCAUUGGCGGCCAUGCAGGCGGCACCAUCCUGCCCCUCCUCUCCAGGACCGAGCCUGCGACGUCGUUCACGGACGAGGAGCGCGACGCGUUGACGCACCGCAUCCAGAACGGCGGCACCGAAGUCGUCGAGGCAAAGGCCGGCGCUGGUUCUGCCACGCUCUCCAUGGCCUGGGCCGGCGCCCAGUUCGCUUUUGCCCUCGUGCGCGCCCUGAACGGCGAGAAGAACGUUGUUGAGUGCACGAUGGUUGAGUCUGACGUCACGUCCUGCCAGUACUUCUCCAGCCAAGUCGAGCUCGGCGUGAACGGUGUUGAGCGCAACCUCGGCCUGGGCGACCUCAGCGACUACGAGAAGCAGAAGCUCGAGGCAGAGGUCAUCCCUGAGCUGCAGAAGAGCAUUGAGAAGGGCCAGAAGUGGUUCCACGAGCAGUACCAGAAGUAAACACUUCGCAUCUUCACACACACACACACACACACACACAUGCAUCCCCCUACAUCCCACAUCUAUACGCAACGCGCUACACGUUGACCACAUCCUCCACAGUGCUUUCCUUUGCUCUGCCUACGCGUGCUGUCAUUCCCCCCUCCUCCUUUGCGUGCUCCUCCGCUAGCCACCUCCCUCCCCUACAUACACCAUCAAAUAAGACAGCAAGACAGAG